AGAAAGGACAACGCAAUUACGAUUUUAGAAUGGUAAAGGUCCACAACGUACGGCUAAUUGUCGAUAACCAAUCUGGAAUCUCAAUGAAAUAUGAAAAUGAUUGGUUUGACAGUGGUAGACUAGCUGAUACCUACAGUUGGCCAGAUACGAUCGAAAAUGGGCAGAAAAUGGACAUUUUAUGCUAUGAACGUGAUUGGGCAUUGGCAGGUUGCAGUGGCUACGUUCAAUAUUCCAUGAACAAGAUGUUAGUCACUUUCGCCUUCAGCAAUCCUAGCGUCGGCACUAACAAGCUUGGAGUUGAUACUUCUGCCCGUGUCUGGGACAACAUGUCUGAUCACAACUACUCGUCUUUUGAUGUUAAUCUCCGUAUCGGGGAUUUGCCAUUGAAGUGCAGGUGCAGUUGUACUGCAGGGUCAACAAACACGGCUACUGUCAAAAUAGCAGGUCAGGGUCAACAAACACGGCUACCGUCUAGUGGUCACAAGAUUGUCGACAACUUUGAACUUCGUGUUUCAAUCGAGUGAACAUAUUCAAUAUUUCUGUUUCUAUAAUUGAGAUGUAUUUGUGUAAACAAUAUAAUCUUUGAUAAGGUGAAAUAAAGAUGCUGCUAGCAAAGUAGAGUAAAACGUUACAAUGCCCC